CAAAGAGGCCGCGCAGAAAGCGAAUGUAAAAAUCGGUGAUCCCUGCGGAGUGACUUCAGACGCGACUGUUCCAUGGACAGACAUAAAGAGUCCAUAUCUACGAUAUCUUGGGCCUAAGGUUAAGGCUCAACUACUUUCAAUGGUCAUUGGGGGUUGGUCACUGAGAUCGAAGAGGCGACCCCUUGAGAGAACAGGGGAAAACUAAGGGAAAGGGGAGAGCUUUGGAGGGGGUCUCUUCCGUUCAGAGUCAGCGACCACAGACUGCUGAGCUUUAAUAAGGGCAAAGAUCGGCGCUACGUCUUCCUGGAUGAAGUCUCAUUACGUCGCGUUUCUCUUACCGACGAAGAAAUCCGGAGGGUCGCUUCCAAAAUUCUUAUAGAUUACAGUCAGGUGAACAGCCAGGAUAUAUCAUCGGCCGAUGUGAAGCAAGCAGGAGCUUCCUCUACGUCGGACACUGCGUAUCAAAUUGUAGCUGGCGGUGGCGAUGAUAGCUCCUCUGAAGGAACGGGGCAAACGGCUGCUCCAGUCAGUUACGGGUUUCGAGUAGAUUUAUGUAAGUAGUUGUAGACAGAGUGCUCAUUUCUACUGCUUCUAAUCGAACGUGCGUGAGCAACAAGUGGUCCGUAUCGGUUCGUCGCAAGCACACGGAUUCUGCCAAGUAGCUGGAAGUGUGCAUGAAGAGGGCUCGAUUUUCACCGCCGGUUCCCUCGUGCGUAUCAAGCACGUACAGCCUAGUCGUGACAGGAGUGGCGCGCCUCCAAUCGUUUCUAGUAGUGCCGAAGAGGGCGAAAACAAUAACAAGAAGGAUGAUCAUGAGCAGUGGUUGUACGUUGAACCUGUUGAUGGAGGUGCAUCGUCGAAUCGCGAGGUUCCAGGUGGAAAAUACACGACACGGGGAGCGUGGAUAAAAGCGAAAGACAUCGACGCAGCGAGCUGUCACAUAGGCUUACCUGAUGUUAUGAAUUUGUGAAUAGAGCAAAUUACGAAGCUGCACCAGGGUCGAGUCUUGAUCACGACGCGUCACAAAUACAAAAAAAGACAACAACUGUAGUAUGAUCUGUAUUAAGUAAAAUUUGAAUUUGUUAUUUGAUUGAAAAUACUUAGCAGCUAGUACGAACCACGCCUACGCUCGAGACGAGAUGAACAGUAUUGAAAUACAAUGGUGCCUCUAUUUCUAAGCGGCGUGACCCAGAGAAAGUUGAGGAACAUGAAGGGACUCUGGCCUACAUGCAGAUGGAUCCGCACUACGAUGCUGCUGUCCGUGGCGCAAAGGAUGGCUACGACGUUUAUCGACCUGACAACAACCCUGGUGUAGUGAUACCAGGAACCAGAUCGCUUGUUCAGCAAUUCUGCACGUGUCCCAAGUCCGGAAGAACAGAGCCUGUAAUAUUGCUACUUCUUUAAUAGUUGACCUUGUUGUUAUAAAACAAUAUCCUCGGAACCUACAAUUGAGUUUGAUUUUUCUGCAAAGUCUCUACCAUCAAAUCAGACUGAAAAUAUGGAGAUUGAUAAAAAUACUGGUCCUGGCUUCCUAUGUCUGACAUGAAGCGCGAGAGCCAGUCGUAGUCAUUGCUGCUCCACCAUGUAGUUGAGUUUACAAAUGGUUUACCAAUACUAGGUUGGGUACAGCGGAGCGCAUCGCCCUGCCUGUGAGAACGGUGGGAUCGCGGAGCCGGGAAUUUCAUCGCACAAAAGCCGUGGCUUACUAGUAUGUGCGACUCAGAGUCAGAGCUCGAGCGGAGGUCCACAGGAUAUAAGUAUCCCUCAAGAUGAAGCCGAUGCCCAUAAAAGGCAAGAGCAUCGAAGAAAAGCGAAAGGAGAAUUGGGAAAUCGUCCAGCAGCGAUGGUCGAAGAAAAAUGGACAAAGAAGGUUAAGAUGGUUCAAGAACAAGAUGAAGAUGAUUCACUGAAUAUUGUCAGCACAGUUCUAUCUUCUAUCAAUGAUCUCCUCCUGUGCUAUGUAUAUAAUCUGAUUUUGGCUCAAGUGAAAACAGAAAUCACACAAGAACAUAACUCAACUUCUUUCCUGAAUCAGUUACAGUUUACUUCGAAGUUGCCUCAUGAUGCAGAACCUCAAAAUUGUUUUUAUUGAGAAGCUCUAUCUCUAAGAAUUUACUCGAAGGUGAGCCGGCUUGCGUCUCCGUUCUACGUUUUGAUCCUGCUUCCAAUGGUGGAGAACGCAGUAGUUUUGAUGUCACGCUACGAAAUGCGUACGAGAAUCCACGGGCUGUUAAGGCUAUCGACAAUCUGACCGUUUGUGUCUUGAGAAUGCCUAGAAUCAUUAAGGGUAGGUUAAAGGUGCUUUUGUUACCGUUUGUUAUGGCUCUCCUAAGGGGGACAGCCAUAACAAGCGGGAUAAACGAACACCAAAAACCUACCUCUAUAAGAUCAGGGAUGUUGCGCCCAUCUCGUCAGGCUUCUACAGCUACACGCCGUUUGCAUGAUUCCGCUUUCCAGACUACUUCUAAUCCUACAUUCGACUCUUUGGACGGCGAUGCGCAGAAGAAAGCGUUAUUAUCCUACUUGAGUGCGACGGGUGUCGUACGAGGCGAAGAUCUUCAUGUCGAACACGAUUCCGCUAUGGAAAAUCCCUUCGGAGCUUCGAACGACGGAGAAAACUCAGAGUUGGUCAAAGAAGCAAAACGUGCUAUUGCGAGUACGGUUCUCCAGAAUGCGACGCGGUGUUUGCAUACUGCCGAAACCUUCCUGAGCACUGCGGGAGACACAGCGGCCCUUCCGUGGGACGCCGAACUUCAUCGCUUGAAUAUCCCGAAGCUUAUGUUCUGGGAUUUUUAGCAAAGUAUUUUUGAGUUUGAGAUCUCUACUUUAGUCCAAGUAUCGGUAUGGCAUGCUUGCUUCAUAAACCUACUCCGUCUUCAACAUCUUCUAGUGAUCUUCAACAUUUUUCUGAUCGUAGAAAAAUGUUGAAGAUCACUAGAAGAUGUUGAUGAUAGCUUGUUUGUUAGCGUUCUUCGUACAGUAAAAAGCAUAUCUAUCUCUAUGGAUACAUUAUACUUAGAUACGUGUCAAUGACAUCUUCGGAGCUCUAAACUAUGGGGUUCGACUCUGAUGACGCCGCUGAUGCCGAAGGGCAGUCUGGGAGACUCGGCACACACAAAAGCGCUAAGCUUAAUGGAGCAACUAGUUGCUCAAAUAAAGAGCGCCGUGUCAUUUGUGCGCGGGCAGGAAGAGGCGCUGAGGCAGGACGAGGGAGCACCAGCAGAUGCAAAGGCUGAGUAG